UAUAAUGUAGUUAUUCUGUGGAAAUCAGGCCUUAUUCUCUUAAUUAUUACUGCUUUUCAGCAGUACUGAAUAAUAGUAUUUUUCAGUCUUAUAUAGCCAGCUCUCUUCAGGUAUAAUUAGAAAUCUAAAAUAACAUCCAACCUGAAGACUUUUGUAUUUCUCAGCAUAAAUUUUCUUAUGUUGACAGUAUUACACUCACACAUAAUUAUAUGGGUAAGAAAACUAAAAUACCAGGCCGAAUUAAUGACAUUUUUUGUAAUACUGGAAUGUCAGUCUUUUCAGUACAACAAAAUUAAGGAUGUAAACCAGUUUGUACUGAAAUUUUGGCUUAAUUGGUCAAGCUUGGUGAGAUCUUUACUUUUUUUUUUUUUAAUAUAUUUUUAUUUGAGAGAACACGUGAGCAGGGGAGGGGGCAGAGAGAGAGAGAAACUUAAGCAGGCUUCCGGCACAGUGUGGGUUCGAUCCUGCAACCCUGGAAUCAUGACCUGAGCCAAAAUCAAGAGUUAGACAACAACCGAGCCACCCAGGCACUCCAGUGAUCUUUGUUAUUAACAAAUGGACAUUUUAACCUAUUUUCCUCUUUGUUGAGGAGCCAUUACCCCCCUUUAUUUUUCCAUAUAUCUAAGCUUAUACUUCACUUUUCAUAUUCUGAGACCUUUCUGGCAAUCUUCUAAAGUUAUGCCAUUACCACUUUUCUUUAACUGUAGCCUUAGGCAUGUGAUUUCCCAGUUUUUAGCUGUGAUACCUAGAACUAACUGGAUAAUAAUGAAGUCUUUUGAAGGCACAGGGAAUAGUUAUCCUAGUCUUAGGAGAGGGGGAGUUUGGAGGCAGUUAACGAACAGGGAAGAAAUGGCUUCACCGGCUUAUAGGACCUAAAGCUGAAAAAUAACAAUAGAUUAGAAUAAGCUUCUUGAUGAUGUAUUAGCAAAUAGAAGGCAGAUGUGGAAGUUUUUUCUUUGUUUCUCUUAGGACUCUUUUGGACUAGGAAAUUUAAAUUUGAAUAGUAAUAAAACAGCUGUGGCUUCUUAAAUACAAAUGUAUACAUAAGAUGUAUGCAGAAAAUAUAUUCCUAAAAGGAUGAAGACCGGAAUGAUUUCAUUUGAAAUUGACUGGUAUGGCCAUCAUCAGUGGCUUUUGUUAAUUCAAACUGACCUUGCCUCCAAAUAUCAAGGUUGAAGCCAACAUUGGAGAGUGAAGAAUGUCAGCAGUGAGGGCAUCAUGAGCAGAAGGGGGAGACAGCGGCCAGGAAUGGGCAGGAAGAGAAAGGAUGGAGAAGGAAGGGAGUCAGAUCAAGAGGUAGGAAUGGAAACAUAUAAAGGAAUAGAAAAAGAGAAGGGGGUGAAAGGAGGGGAAAGGGACGAAAGGAAUACUGGUGUAAUCAUUGAAGUAAUGUCGUGUAUCAUCAUUUUGGUGUGUUUGAAUCCGCUUAGUUAGGGCUCCAAUGGAACCUUUAAAGAAUUGAGUUUAACUGUGGAAGGAAAAAGGUGAGCAAGAAAGAAGGGAAUUUUUAAAAGCAUGUUAAAUCACCUUUAAAUUUUAAGAUCAGCAUUAGCAAUACACAAUUGUUGUUUACAGCAUCAUAAUAAUGUACUUUACAGCAUAAUAAUAAUUUCAGUCAUAUUACUCUGGGCACUAUUCUAAGUGCUUUAUGUAUAUUGAUUGAUUUAAUUCUCACCACAACUUUAUAAGCAGAUACUAUUUCUCCCAUUUUACAGAUGCAGAAACUGAGCCACAAAGAGAAUAAGUAAUUUGCCUAGGCUAGUCAGAUUACAGAGCCAGGAUUCCACUGAGGCACCCUGACUACUAUGCUACAGCUGGCUUCAUCACCUCUACCUCCCCCUCUCCAUGAUUUGUAUGGUAUAUUUCUGUAGAAAUUUGUCUUGUUUUGAGAAUGUGAUAGCCCUUGGAAACAGUUGUACAUUUGCUAGGCUGACAAACUUGACACUAUUUAAAAAUCAGUUUUUAUUUCCUUCAUUUAUAGUAAUUCAAGAAAGUUUAUUAAAACGGAUAACAGAACACAAAGAUGGAUCGUGCAUGGUCCUUGUCCCCAGUGAGCUAAAUCUCAGGUUGUAGUUGCUCCCUUGAACCAAGUAUCUACUCCAGUAUUGGUGUGAAUUCUUUGACUUUGAACCAAGUUUACGUGCACUGAUGAAUGUCUGUUGCCUUCAAAAGGAUGCUCCCUUUAAAAGCCACAGGCCAACUAAUAACAUACCCAUUACUUAAAACUUUUUGGAGUUCUUUUCCUUUCAGUAAGCCACACAGCAAAAUCCACUUUCUAUAUAAAAAAAGCAGAGGUACCUAGCUUGAUUACCUUCUUUAGUCAUUCUUAAUUAAAAUUAAAGCCUCACAUGGAUAUUCACAAAGUAUUUAUCUAAAAAGGUGUUUUGUUUUGUUUUGUUUUUACAGCCCUGAUGGAGUAAAAUGUUUGCAGGCUGUAGAGGAGGAAAUGUGAAUGGAGUUAGUGGAUUUCACCAGGAACUUUGGAAGAGUGUUGGGUAUUAGUGUUGCACUGGAGGAGGAUGAGAAUUGAGCCCUAUUUAGAGGGAACAGAAAGACUUCUGUGAGGAGUGUGGAUAAUAUCACCUACUGCAUUAUUUUUGGCUGCAAAAGUGGAAGAACAGGCUCGAAAACUUGAACAUGUUAUCAAAGUAGCACAUGCUUGUCUUCAUCCCCUAGAGCCACUGCUGGAUACUAAAUGUGAUGCUUACCUUCAACAGACUCAAGAACUGGUUUUACUUGAAACCAUAAUGCUACAAACCCUAGGUUUUGAGAUCACCAUUGAACAUCCACACACAGAUGUGGUGAAAUGUACCCAAUUAGUAAGAGCAAGCAAGGAUUUGGCACAGACAUCCUAUUUCAUGGCUACCAACAGUCUACACCUUACCACCUUCUGUCUUCAGUACAAACCAACAGUGAUAGCAUGUGUAUGUAUUCAUUUGGCUUGCAAAUGGUCCAAUUGGGAGAUUCCUGUGUCAACUGAUGGAAAACAUUGGUGGGAAUAUGUCGAUCCUACAGUUACUCUAGAAUUACUAGAUGAGCUAACACAUGAGUUUCUACAAAUAUUGGAGAAAACACCUAGUAGGUUGAAGAGGAUUCGAAACUGGAGGGCCAAUCAGGCGGCUAAGAAACCAAAAGUAGAUGGACAAGUUUCAGAAACGCCACUUCUUGGUUCAUCUUUGGUCCAGAAUUCCAUUUUAGUAGAUAGUGUUACUGGUGUGCCUACAAACCCAAGUUUUCAGAAACCAUCUACAUCAGCAUUCCCUGCACCAGUCCCUCUAAAUUCAGGAAACAUUUCUGUUCAAGACAGCCACACAUCUGAUAAUCUGUCCAUGCUAGCAGCAGGAAUGCCAAGUACCUCAUACAGUUUGUCAUCACACCAAGAAUGGCCUCAACAUCCAGAAUCAGCAAGGACAGAACAGAUGUAUUCACAGAAACAAGAGACCUCUUUGUCUGGUGGCCAGUACAACAUCAACUUCCAGCAGGGACCUUCUGUAUCACUGCAUUCGGGAUCACAUCACAGACCUGACAGAAUUUCCGAUCACUCAUCCAUUAAGCAAGAAUAUACUCAGAAAGCAGGGAGCAGUAAACACCAUGGACCAAUUUCUGCUACUCCUGGAGUCAUUCCUCAGAAAAUGUCUUUAGAUAAAUACAGAGAAAAGCGUAAGCUAGAAACCCUUGAUCUGGAUGUAAGAGAUCAUUAUCUAGCCGCCCAGGUAGAACAGCAGCACAAACACGUGCAGUCACAGUCAGCCAGCAGCAGUUCUGUCACUUCUCCCAUUAAGAUGAAAAUUCCCAUCACAAACCCCGAAAAACCUGAAAAAUACACAGUGGAUAAGAAGGAAAAGAGUGGAUCGCUGAAAUUACGGAUUCCGAUACCACCCGCUGAUAAGAGUGCCAGUAAGGAAGAACUGAAAAUGAAAAUAAAAGUUGCUUCCUCAGAAAGACAUAGCUCUUCUGACGAGGGCAGCGGGAAGAGCAAGCAUUCCAGCCCACAUGUUAGCAGAGACCAUAAGGAGAAGCACAAGGACCAUGCCGCGAACCGCCACCACCCCAGCGGGCACAAGCAUUCCCACUCCCACAGUGGCAGCAGCAGCGGUGGCAGUAAACACAGUGCCGAUGGAAUCCCACCCACUGUUCUGAGGAGUCCUGUUGGCCUGAGCAGUGAUGGCAUUUCCUCUAGUUCCAGCUCUUCGAGGAAGAAGCUGCAUGUCAAUGAUGCAUCUCACAACCAUCACUCCAAAAUGAGCAAAAGUUCGAAAAGUUCAGGUAGUUCAUCUAGUUCUUCCUCCUCUGUUAAGCAGUAUAUAUCCUCUCACAACUCUGUUUUUAACCAUCCCUUACCCCCUCCUCCCCCUGUCACAUACCAGGUGGGCUACGGACAUCUCAGCACCCUCGUGAAACUGGACAAGAAGCCAGUGGAGACCAACGGUCCUGAUGGCAAUCACGAGUACAGUACAAACAGCCAGCAUAUGGACUACAAAGACACAUUCGACAUGCUGGACUCGCUGUUAAGUGCCCAAGGAAUGAACAUGUAAUCAUUUGUUUAGGUCCAUUUUUCCUUUACUUUUUUAAUUUAAAAAUGGUUAGAAUGGAAAACUUCCUCCUGAUCUAGCAGUGGUGACACCUGCUAUUGCUGCCACUGUUUCAAUAUUUGUAAGUGCUGCUUUAUUCUUCAUUCUGAAAAGAAGAGAUUAUAGUAAACAAGUCUUUAUCUCCACAUAUGAUAGUGUUAUAAAUACUGUAAAAGCAUGGAAGGUGCAAAACUCAGUAUUUCUACAAUUGCAGCUAAGAACAUUAGGAUGAAUGGCUGGCUGCUUCUAGGAAUAUAAGAUGCCUCAAGCAUUCAUUAUUUAUAAUUUGAAUACUGUAGCUAUUUUAUGUUGUUGUUGCUUGGCUUUCGAAUGAGUGUAAAUUGUUUUCUUUUUGUGUAUUUAUACUUGUAUGUAUGAUUUGCAUGUUUCGAUGAUAAAGGGAUAAAACAGUAUACUGACAACUGUUUACAAGAAAGUGGAGAAAAAUGUACAUACAUUUUUGUAUGUUUAGAUAUUACCAUAAAUACUCAGGAUUGGAGCUGCUUGUAAGUAUAACAAUAUAACUUUAUUUUAUCUUGUCCGAGUCCAUCACUAAUCUAAAACAAAGGUGGCACUUUUUCAUGUUAACCUUAAACUCUAGGCCUUACUGGAAGCCACUGAAGGGGGACACUUCACUACAGAUGGGUAUGCAGUGCCACAGAUGGUCAUUUAUUUACACUGUGAGGCACUGAACUUUUGCCUUCAGAGCUUCUGACCAGGUUGGCUGCUGAAAUAGCCCCUACUUUUCUGAAGGCUUGAAGAGGAAAAAAUAAAGUUUACAUACUCUUGAUGUGAAGUGCAUUUUAAAUGUGUGUUGGCUUGUUGCAGUACUAUAAACACAGAGCUGUUAAUAAUGGUUAUGUAGAUUACUGUGAUUUGAAAACUAAACUCACAAAAACUUAUAUAGUGAAGAAUUAGUAAGUUUUUUUCUUAAAUAAAGAACUUUAACACUACAUAUUUUACCAGUAAACAGGGAUUGCUUUUCCUUUAGUGUUCAGAAUGACACCAUAUUCUUAAACAUACUCCUCCCCUGAAGUGUGUUCGUGUGUGAUGCCAUAUUUCUUUUUCAGGUAAAUGCAGUCUUCCUUCUAGAAAUGAAAUUAAACCUGUCGCUCUCUCGGUUCUUUUAUAUUCUUCUAACAAUAAAUACAAAGAAAAGAUCAUUGACUGUGCAUUGUACCUAUAUAUACAGCUUAUGGUUGUUACCAAGAAGCUCUGUGAGAAAAAAGGGUUAGCCUCCAGGUGAACAGCUAGUGGAGGUUUUCCGUUUGUUGCACAUCCCAGUAUAUUCCUGUUGAGGUCAGGUUUGCACAGUCAUCUAACUUCUGAACAAACAAUAGACUUUAACUUGUUUAAAAUUUGUCUGAAACACCAAUAAUGUGGCUCCAGUUUCUCAGCUAAUCUUGAAUUUAUUCUGUGGUAAAUCUUUGAGCUGUUGAGUAUCUUUAGAUGGGGUGAAUUCAACUUUUGUUGAACUAAAAACUGUCUUAAUUUUUUCCUUUAUGUAUAUGAAUUAUUUUUGUUAAAAAGCCACUGAUACGUGCACAAUUGUAAUUUUACUCAAGUAUGUUGCAGUUGUAAAUAUUAGAGUUUAAUCUCGUGCUCUACUUUAUUUAGCAAUUACUUAAUUUGCCAGUAGCUCUAUAAUUUUUUUUAAGAUAAUUGUUCAUUAUUUUGUCAAUGCUAUUUGAACUUAGGAUACUAGGAGCCUCUUUCCAGGGACUUUGCCUAGGGAGCAUGUCCUAACAUUUGUUCUUGUCUUGCAUAACUUUAGUAAUCUUUGUCAUUACGUGUAACUUUGUUGCUCUGUAUGGCAUAUUAUUGUAUCCAUAAACACAGUAAUUUUGAUACAGUUCUACUUUUACAGUGGUACAUAAUUCGAGGACUAGUAUAGAAUUAAGCUGAGUGCAAGAUGAGGGAGGGAAGGGUUUUGUUCUUGGUAAUUUAGAUGUGAAACCUCUAAGGAGCUAUCAUGUGAAACGACAUAGGGUGGUUGUGCUACUGUAUAAUUGGGGAUGAUAAUACCAGGAAUUUUAAUAAGAUUUUGUAAAGAGUAUCCAAAAAGUAGUGAACUUAUUUUCAGUAUGACAUAGAAACAAUGUGAAUAUUUAAGGUCUGUGACUAUACUUAAACUUCACUAAGAAUUUGCAGAACUGUUUCGAGAUGUGGGAAUAAAGGUAAUUUUGUUGAAUCUUUAUUGGUGCUAAUGAUGGACAGUUUAAAAGGUAGCUAGUAUAUAUUGUUAUGGGUCAGUACUUAUUAGUACUUCCAGAAUUGAAUUUGAAAUGCUAUGUAUUCACUUUUCACUCUGUAAAUGUAAUUCUUUACGAUGACUUUAUUUAUUAAAGGGCAGCCAGUUGUAAUUUGUACAGGAUUGUGUGAGCUAUUCAAACUCUUUAACCUCUGAACAGGAUUAUAGCUUCCAAAUGCACCGUGGGGAUGAAUAUGAAAAUCCUUUUAAGUUUCAUUUCCAUUAAAUGAAAACCCCUAUUACUCAUAUUACUGUUAAUUUGCUUUACCCAUCUCAUUUGCAUAAAAUAGUUCAUCAGUCUAGUCCCAAUAGGCUCAACCAAAGAAAAAGACUCCAAUGAAUGGACGUUAUUACCGAGUCUUUUUGUAAGUAGCCAUAAGUAAACCAAAAUAGUAUCAUCAAAUUUAGGUAUGAAAUUCCACAUGUGCAAAGUACUGUUAAGGUGAUUUACAUUUUUGAUGAGAUUUUUUUAAAAUAUUUGAAAUAUUAAAAAGCAUUAUCUUUAAACAUC